AGAUUCCUAGUAACCAUGGAAAUACUCCUCUUAUGUGACGUAUGAAAUUGUCUUUUUCAAAUCAAAUACAAAAAUAUUUUAAAUCGUAAUUAAAAAGUCAGAAAAGUACAUCAUGGCGGAGAAGAAUAUCGACAACGUUCAAUCCUUGAUCCGAUAUAACAACCCGGUCCUGGUAGUGAAGCACACCGACCGGAAAGCUACAGGUGACGCCUUAGUACAGGGGGAUAAGAGCGCUAGGCAAGUAUCAUCGACUAUAACAGAAACGAAAAAGGAAACCGAAGAAAUUUUGAAUACAAUUCUACCUCCUAAAUGUUGGGAAGAGGAUGGUCAAUUGUGGACACAAACGGUUUCGAGCACUCCUGCUACACGUCAAGAUGUAAUAAAUUUGCAAGAAAUGCUCGACACUCGCCUGCAACAAACACAAGCUCGAGAAACAGGGAUAUGUCCGGUUCGUCGAGAACUAUUCUCACAGUGCUUUGAUGAAAUCAUUCGACAAGUGACAAUCAACUGCACUGAACGUGGUUUUCUACUUCUUCGGAUACGUGAUGAAAUUGCUAUGUCAAUGGAAGCCUACGAAACCCUUUACUGUAGCUCCGUGGCCUUUGGAAUGAGAAAGGCAUUGCAAGCACAAGAAGAAACAGAAAAAUUACGGGAGAAAGUGAAAGCAUUGGAAACAGAAAAAUCAGCACUGGAAGAACUUAUAUCGGAUAUGAAAAUCAAAGCUGAGCAAUCAGAGCGAAGGAACGCAGAGUUGCGGGCGUCGGAAGAAAAAAAGAGUGCCGAGGAGGUUGCUUUCCUGAAAAAGACGAAUGCACAGUUGAAAGCACAAUUAGAAGGCAUAACAGCUCCCAAAAAGUAGUUGAAAUGUACACACUUUUUUAUUUUUGAUAAAUCACUUUUUAAUACUAAGGGAAACGUCGGACAAUUACACAUUGUCACUUUUCAUCUCAGAAAUAGCUGAUAAUUUGUUAAAAUUUCUGUGGACUAAAUACCAUGUGCAAUAUUUACGUAUUUAUAUGGAAAUAAAAAAUAUACAGAUUUUCGCCAAAAUGUUAAA